ACGGGAGCAGAUCGAUAGGGUGCCACCAUACCAUAUCCAUCUUCAAUUCUCCAUCCAUCAAGUGAAGUUCAGCGCAAAUCACCCCGAUGCCGAGCAUGGCGGCGCCAUUGCUCUGCCUGGCGCUGCUCCUGGCGUCCGGCGCCGCCGCCGGCGCCCAAGCUCUCAAAGACUACCCACAGGUAAAGUUCAGCACCGCGUCGGCGACGCCGGAGAAGUACAACACCUUUAUCGCCGCUGUCCGCGCCGCGCUGGUGAGCAAAGCUGGGGGGAAGAGCAACGGGAUCCCCGUGCUGCUCGACCGGGACGACCCGCUCGCGCUUCAAACCUACCUGAACAUCACUCUGACGAACUCGGCGGGGCAUUCGAUCAGCCUGAAGAUGGAUGUCACCGGAGCUUACUUCACCGCCUACGUGGCGUGGAAGUACUCGUGCCUGCUCAAACGAUCCGGCCGGGCAUUCUCGUCGGCGAUCUGCUAUUCCGAUGAUCCAUGGUCGAGCUCAGCUGCCAUUGCUGCGGCGCUGCAGUACUCCGCCGGCGUCGGGAGAGGCGGCGGCGGCGGCUAUCCUGCUGCAGGCCGCCAGGAUCUUGGAGCCGCCGCGACAUGGCGGGCGAAGGAUCUGGACCAGGCCGUGUCGUCGCUGUUCCUGUUCCCCACUGGCAACGCCACCAAGGAGGACGUGGGCCGCGCCGUCGCCGCCUGCGACAUGAUGAUCGCGGGCGCGGCGGCGUUCCCGUACGUCCAGCGGCGGGUGAGCGCCGGCAUGCGGGACGGCAACGGCGUCCCCGACGACCCGAGCCUGCACGGCCUCCAGGCGCGCUGGCCGGCGCUCUCCGCCGCGGUCCAGGAGUCCUUCCAGGGCGCCUUCCCGGCUCCGGUCGCCGUACAGCGGAGCAACGGCAAGUGGCUGCGAGUGGACAACGUGCGCGCGGCCGUGCCCCUCGUGUCCUUCCUGGAGCACGACGGCUGCAAGUCGUCGUCGUCGUCGACGGCGGCGGCGGCUGCGGAUUCCCAGCAGCAGCUCCCCAUGGUCAUCAGGUCCGUCGUGGAGGAUGCGGGGAUGGGCGGCGGCGCCGGCGCGCCGGCGUGCAGCCAGGCGGAGCCGACGACGCGCAUCGUGGGGCCGGAGGGGCGGUGCGUGGACGUGCCCUACAACUGGUACUACCGCGGGAACCAGGUGCAGCUGUGGCCGUGCAAGUCCAACGGCGACGCGAACCAGCUCUGGACCUUCCGGCGCGACGGCACCGUCCGGUCCGGCGGCAUGUGCCUGGCCGCCGCCGCCGCCGGCGCCGGCGCCCGCGUCGUGGUGGACGCGUGCCCGCCGCGCGUCCCUGCGGCGCGCGCCGUCUGGGAGGCGCGCGCCGACGGCACGGUGGCGCUGCGGGCGAGCGGGCUGGUCCUGUCGGUGACCUCGUCGUCGGCGUUCGCCGGCGUCACGGUGCGGCGCGACGACCGCGGCACGGGCCAGUCGUGGACGCCCACCAACGAGACCGCGCCGCUGACCGCCCCCGUCGUCGGGUUCGGCGACCGCUGCCUGCAGGCGGACGGCGUGGGGGCGGUCUCCCUCGCGGCCUGCGGCGGCGGGAUGGCGUGGUCGCUGUACCCCGACGGGUCCGUGCGGCCGCCGGCGUGGCUGUUUCUCCAGUGGAGGUGCCUGGCGGCGGACGCCGGCGGGCGGGUGGCGGUGAGGUUCUGCGACGGGUCCGGCUCGGCCUGCGAGCGCUGGGUGUUCCGCAGCGAUGGCACCGUGCUCAACACCGGCACCGGGAUGGUCCUGGACGCGAGGCCGUCGGCCGGCAAGAGCGGCCGCUACGACGUCGUCGUGUCGCCGGCCACCGGCAGCGCCACCCAGCAGUGGGCACUCAUGCUGUGAGCUCUGAUGGCUGAUCCGAUCCGUCUGCAACAGGGCUAGACAGUGUGUCGUGUACAAUAAAUUCGUGUGUUGCAUGGUUGCUGAAUAAAGUCUAGCUCUACAAGUACAUUGCUACAUGUCAACGAUCUCAUAGCUCGUCUCAUGCAAUGCCAUGUAAGAUUUUUGAUGAUGUGGAAGCGAGAGCGAGGUGAGAGAAUGAGGUCGUUGUUUCACGAGACAACCACCUUAUAAGCUAAAUUUUAGGACUAUGAGACAACUA